AUGGAAGGAGGGGCUUCCAAUGCACAAGGUGGUCCAAAUCGACGCAAUGGUCGCAAUCGUCGCCGCCGAAACAACAAAAAUAGCGGCAAUGCCGGCAAUGGCAACGGCAAUAACACCAACAACACCAACACCAACAACAACAACAGGUCGCAACCACAACCGCAAUCGCGGUCUCAGUCCAUGGAUGGAUCGAUGGGAAUGACCGGCAAUUCAAAACCGCCCACUCCAGGAAACAACAAAUCUCAAUCUCCUCAACGGAAUAUUCACCAAGGGAAGAAAAAGUCUCGGUCGCCCAACCGCGAUGGACGCUCCACCUCGCCUCUGCGUCCACACCAACGUAUCCACAAGUCACAAAAUCCGGACAUGACGGUGGUCAUCAACAGGAGCGAUUUGUGGGACUCUGCUGCGCACUUUCAACCGGAUGAGACCUACGUCCAACACCAUCAACACCCGCAGCCCAAUCUGCUUGUCAAGCCGUUUCAAUUCAUCCCUCAUGUUCCCAAUCAUCAUGCUCCGUCCAUUGUGACAGCUCGUGUCCCUUACAAUUUGGAAUCCAUCAAGCCGCCACCCCAAUUUGCGGAUGGGCUCUUCGAUGUCUUUGACAGAGUUACGCCCAAUCCCCACGACUCAAGUGUAGUCCAUGACAAGUAUUGGUGUCAACGCCGUCGGCUCUUUUCCAGAUUUGAUGCAGGCAUUCAGUUGGACUCCGAAGGAUGGUUCUCGGUUACACCCGAGGUCAUUGCCGAUCAUGUGGCUCAGCGAGUGGCCAACCUGGCCAAGCCUAUUGUCCAAGCUCGGAAUGAUGGUUAUGGGAUUGUCAUUAUGGAUGCCUUUUGUGGAUGCGGGGGGAACUCGGUUGCCUUUGGCAAGAUUGAUACCUCUCUUGUCUCGCGUGUGGUAUGCGUGGAUACAGAUCGUACCAAGCUCAUGAAGGCCGCUCAUAAUGCUUCUUUGUACGGAAUUCCUACCAAUAAGUUGGUAUUUAUUGAAUGCAACUCGACCUUCAUCCUAAAGUACUGCUACAAGAAUGGGCAGUUUAUCUUGGACCAGCCAUCCACACAGCUUCCCAAGUACAUGCCCAAGCCGGUUCAAAUGACACGUCAUGCCGGAUAUCGCAUUGGAGGUUUGGAUCUGUUGCCCCGGCGCAUUGAUGCUGUCUUUAUGGAUCCUCCAUGGGGCGGUGUUGACUAUGAGGUGUUUGGAAAGAACGGGUACGACCUCAAGAAAAAUAUGAAAAUUCGAAUUUCACCCGAAGAAGACGAAUACGAAGCGGACGGAGACGGCUUUGGAGAUGAUUUCUUUGAUACCUUUUCUACACCUACCAACCACCAAAAAAUGUCGCAAAAGGCUCGCAAGGCCAACUUUAACAAGCACACGGAAGGCGACUUUAUUGAUGGAAUGGAAAUGCUCAAAGUGGCUGCUGAAGCGACGGCAUCCCGAAUUGUGCUUUUUGAUAUGCCUCGAAAUACCAACAAGGUUUCUCUUGGAUUGAGUGCAUAUGAGGCUGGAUACAAGGGCAACAUCAAGCUCGAAGAGCACUACCUCAACGGACGGCUCAAGACGGUGACUGCCUACAUGGGGGCGGACUACAGUGGGCUCAUUAAUAACCACAAUCAGGGCAAGGAUGCAGCAGAGGUACACAGUUAA